CAGCAUCCAGAACCAACUGCAAGAAUCUCAUCGUCGUUCCGACACCGCCUCCUUACCACUCGCGGCUAACCCGGUCCAUACUGCGGCAUUUGUUCGAGCCCCUCCACGCACUACCUUGAGUUCCAAGACAGUCAUCGUAUCUUGAUUUACACCUACUACCUACAAUACGCAAUCAUGGCAGAUGAAGGCGCUUCCCCCCGUGAGCUGGUCGUGGAGGCCUGCCGUCGGGAUCAACCUCAUUUGAUUGAACAAGUCAUGGAUAGCAUGGAGGGAAAGUCGAAUGAAGAGGUUGCCGAGUUCUUCAACGGUGUGACGGAUUCGAUGGGGAACCACGCCCUGCAUAUAUGUGCUACGUACGGCAGCUACGACGUCAUGGACGCCCUCUUCGAUAUCCAGUACUUCGAAUGCGAUCCCCUUACCCGUCUGGACAAAGACACCCCCCUCCACACCGCAGUCCGCUAUGCCAACGAGAAAGACGCUGAACUGGGAGAGGCAAUGAUCAAGAUGAUGUGCGAGGCUGGCUGUGACCCGCGUGUCAGGAACAAGCACGGUCAGAAGCCGGCGGAGCUCGUCUACAACAAUCAGGCGAUCAAGUCCACGCUACAGCAGGCCGAGUACAUCAUGGCAGAGGGGCUACGGGAGGAUGCGGACAACGGAUCGGUUCACGACAGUGCCAGUGACAGCGACUAAUGGCAGCAACUGUGUAUAGCGACUUUUUGACUAUAGAUAUACCACGGUGAUAAUGUUUCCUGUAUUUGAUGCAUAGAGGUUGUCUGGAUGCAUACGGCGAAUCGCGGGUCUAAUACAUAGUUCGUUCAUAAUACCACGUCAACCUAUUAUAUACCAUGUGAGCA